ACCGGAAGUGGCGAUAUGUGUACACGAAUUUGUCAUUCGUGUGCACUUGUGGCGGAAACGUGGCAGCGAAACGGGGCGCUGUUGGCGUUUUUAAUAUCCCCCUUAUCCCUCUGUCUCUUCUCGACUGCUAGUUCUCUCAUAUGGAUUCGAGAUAUACAAGACGUUUUCUCUGUUGAAGACAAGGAUAAUUAUCGGAUAUUUUCUACACGAAUAAACAAAAUGAAGUGGCACAUCUUACUUACAGCACUCGCUGUGUUAUGCGCAAUUGCAUAUGCAGAAGAGGAGGAAAAGGCUGCUAGAUUAUUAGUCUCUAAACAGAUACUCAACAAAUAUCUAGUAGAAAAUAUGGAUAUAGUUAUUAAGUAUACUAUUUAUAAUACUGGCAAUGUGGCUGCAUCCGAAGUCGAGAUCACAGACAAUUCAUUCCAUCCAGACCACUUUACUCAUGUGAGCGGCGAAUUAAAUGCUAGGAUCGAUAAUGUACCUCCUUACACAAAUGUGAGCCACACUGUGGUUGUAAGGCCACGCAAAUUUGGGUAUUUUAACUUUACCUCGGCUGAAGUUUUGUACCGUCGCUUCCAAGAGGCUCCUAGAUUACAAGUUGCAGUAAGCAGCGAACCUGGCGAAGGACUGAUUGUGGCAUAUAGAGAUUAUGAUAAACAAUUUUCAUCUCAUGUGGUCGAUUGGGCUGCGUUUGCUGUAAUGACUCUACCUUCCUUACUUAUUCCAUUCGCUUUAUGGUAUUCAAGUAAAUGUAAAUACGAGAAAUUGUUGAAGAAUACGAAGAAACACUGAUCAUAUUUUGAAUAUUAGAAUUUUUUUCAGGAAUAUUUCUAGAUCAUUUUAUAUAUAAAUUUUCCUAUGUCAUUGUAAGAAAUACGACUGUUCCACACUACGUACAUCUACUUUUGUAAUAAACUAUCUCACUAUUGUUUGUGAAAAAUCA